AUGGGACAAAAACUCAAUAACUUGGUUAAAUAUGAGGCUUCAACAAUUAUGGUUGAGUGCAGUUGCAUGAAGUUUAACUUUGUCUGGAUUUUAUGUACUCAUACUAUAAAAGUUCUAGACAAGAAAAAUAUUAAGAGGCUUCCAUCCCAUUAUAUUUUGAAAAUGUGGACUAAAGAUGCAAAAAUUGGUAUUAUCAAGGAUCAUCAUGGAGUUGGAGUUAAGACGCAAGUUGAGAGUGAGAUCAUGUAUGCACAUGCAUAUAAAUGUUCAUUACAAUUGUUAAAUGACUUGCAAGAUAUGAAAAAACAAUGCAACAAUAAUGGUAUAGGAAUUGAAAAUGAUGUCCAAGAUAAAGUUCUAACUGGGGUCGUGGACCAAGUUGAAAAUGUGAAACAUAGUAUAGCUUCUCAAUCCAUCCAUGGGAUUAAGACAAAAUCUAUAGUUAAAUGUCUACGGAAGAGAUUAAAGGGUCCACUAGAGCGGCGAAAGAAUCGUAAAUCUCAAACGACAACAAGUCAGGCUUCUACCCAUUGCAAUGACUCACAACAAAAAUAUGGAAUCGAUUCUCAACAGGAAUAUGAAAAAGUUGAAGGAUCCCAAAUUUUGGGUAGUUUGACUCAGGACUCAAUAGCUCGUUCUGGUGAUAUCCAACAAGAGCAGCAAUCUGUCAAGUCCAACUUGGAUUUAUCUUCUCUUUAG